AUGGCCAUGAGCUCAUCUCCUCUUCGGGCGUUCCUGGCGGCCAUGCUCCUCAGCUUCCUCCUCGGAGCUGUGACGACAUUCAGCCGCACCACGCCGCCGAUGCUCUCCGCUUUUCAGAACCUGGCGGAGGACAAGUCGCGGCUGGGGUCGACGCCGCCGAGCUGCCACAACCGGUGCAACACGUGCAACCCCUGCAAGCCUGUGCAGGUGACCACGACGCUCCCGGCGGGGUCUGGCGGCCCGUCCACGGCGUCCCGCGGCUCCUCCUCCGCCGCCGCCGACGAGGCCGCGGCCAACGUGCAGUACUCCAACUACAAGCCGCUGGGGUGGAAGUGCCGCUGCGCCGGCCGCCUCUACAACCCCUAG